UCGUAGUCAAGUACAGCACAUUAACCUGCUAAAAAAUAAGACCAAAAUACAUUUUAAACUCGGUUUUAAUGAGGAACAUUCUAGUCACAACGCUAAAUAGGAGCUAUUUUGUGCUUCUGACUUGUUCUUGUGAUGUAAUUAAUUAACUGAGCCCACUGACACUGAUACGGGCUAGCAGAGCAGUUAUAAGCUAGUCAUGCUAACAUAAGCUAAUAAAGUUAGCGCAGUCCUGGGGCUCUGUCCUAAACCGGUCUUACUGUUGCAGGUAUCAGGGGGUUGUGUACUGUAUAAACUGUUAUAAUAACAGGUCGACUAUUUAGUGAGCUAGAAUUCGGUUUUGGACGUGAUUUGGACAUAUUCAGGGAUUGAGAAAACUUGUUUAGUUUGCUUUUUCUUGGUGUAAACAUGUCUGUUUCACUGAUAAGUAAAUCUGUGCGCCGGGCUUUUCAGACAUAUCCGAAGCGCUGUAUUAUCGACAUGUCGUAUUCACAUCAGUUUAUGGAUUAUAAACGCUCCUCAAUACCGAGCAGCAUGAAGAAGAUGAUGGUAACAAAACGGAGCCCUAACUUCAGAGAAGCCGUUUCUAUACAGACAUUUCCGGUUCCGACACCGAGCGACCGCGAGCUUCUCAUCCGGAACCGAUAUGUUGGCAUAAACGCAUCUGAUAUUAACUACUCAGCCGGACGUUACAAUCCCUCAGUGACCCCUCCAUUCCCGGUAGGGUUUGAAGGUGUGGGAGAAGUGGUGGCAUUGGGUUUAAGUGCCAGUUCCCAGUUUGCAGUGGGCGACACAGUGGCAUAUUUAAACGAUGGUGCAUUUGCAGAAUACACUCUCGUUUCUGCAAAAAAAGUUAUUCCAUUAAAGGAGCCGCAGCCAGAAGCUUUAGCGGUGCUAGUGAGUGGAGCAACCGCGUCCAUCGCUCUGCAGCGUCUCGGGGAAAUUAAAAAGGGGGAAACAGUACUGGUGACAGCUGCAGCCGGAGGAACCGGCCACUUUGCUGUCCAGUUCGCCAAGAUGGCCGGGUGUCAUGUAAUAGGCACAUGCUCUUCCCGCGAGAAGGUGGACUUUCUAAAAAGCAUCGGCUGUGACCGGCCAAUCAACCACAAGGAAGAGGACUUGGCCCCAACCCUACGCAAGGAGUAUCCUAAAGGUGUGGAUGUGGUGUACGAGUCAGUAGGGGGCGCUGUGUUUGACCUGGCGAUAAAUAAUCUGUCUCAACACGGGCGUCUGCUGGUAAUAGGCUUCAUCUCGGGUUAUCAGAGUGAGUCAGGUUUACAGCCUGUCAGAGGAGCCACACUUCCUGCCAAACUCUUGCAGAAAUCAGCCAGUGUGAGGGGCUUCUUCCUGCCUCACUUCCUGUCAGAGUACAGCGAGUGUGUACAGAAAACAAUGCAGAUGCAGGAGCAGGGAAAGCUCCUGUGCGCCAUUGAUGAUGGACAAAUGGACGAGGAAGGCCGAUUUGUGGGGCUGGAAUCGGUGUACAGAGCAGUAGAUUAUAUGUAUGCUGGCAAGAACCAAGGCAAAGUGGUGGUGGAGGUUAGUCCUCCUGACGUCUGAGAAGAUGAUCAAAUCAUUAACAUUCGUAAAGUGCCAUUUUUUCAAUUAGUUUAUAAUGUGCUCAGACUAAACCCGGUUAACCCAAUGAACAGCAAAUUCUAAUCAAUGUAUAUGAAUAAAAAAGU